AAGAUGGCAGUAUGAACCCCAUACGGACAGCGCACUCGAGAUUAAAUCAACAGAAGAAGAAGGUUUUCGGGUUUUAAAAUGCUCUAACUACUUGCUCUUCAGAAUAAGGUUUUAAUUGUUUUUAUGAUUAACAUUAGCCAUAACUAUAAAUAUUUUUUGGUUAACAGUAAGCUUACGUUCGCACAAUGGUUCGUAAGCUAAAAUUUCAUGAGCAGAAGCUCUUGAAAAAGGUUGACUUUAUUAAUUGGGAAGUGGAUAAUAACUUACAUGAAGUUAAAGUUUUGCGGAGAUACCACAUCGAGAAGCGAGAAGACUACACAAAGUACAACAAGCUGAGUCGCAACAUCAGGGAACUGGCGAAGAAGAUCCGAGACCUCGACGAGAAGGACGGUUUCCGAGCACACAGCACCACUAUACUGCUGGAGAAGCUGUACAGUGUGGGCCUCAUUCCAACCAAACAGAACUUGGCCCUGGCUGAUAAGGUCACGGCUUCCUCCUUCUGCAGGAGGCGUCUACCCACUAUCAUGUUGAGCCUACGCAUGGCUCAGAACCUGAAAACGGCCAUCACCUUCAUCGAGCAGGGCCAUGUGAGGGUUGGACCGGAGAUCAUCACCGAUCCUGCCUUCCUUGUCACCAGAAACAUGGAGGACUUUGUCACCUGGGUGGAUUCCUCUAAGAUCAAACAGCAUGUGAUGAACUACAAUGAAGAGAGAGAUGACUUUGACCUUGUGGUGUAGAGGGGAAGGCCGUUCCGGCCUUUCCUAGCACCCGGAACAUGCGGAAUGUGUGUGUGUGUGUGGCGCAAGUGUUAAAAUGUCAGGCAGAAAGUUUGAGGAUAGCAGCUUGUGCAAGAAAUUAACUUUUUUCCCCAUUAUCCAACAAGUUUUUUUUUAACCCCAAAUACAUAAAAUGUUUAUAAAAUAAAACGAUUUACAUUGUGAAUUAAA